AUGGUUGGGGGCGCCUUUGCUGCAGCAGGACCGGGUCAGCUCACCAUCAUAGAAUCCACCAUGCACACCUCACAGUAUCAGAAAGUGCUUGAAGAACAUAAAACUGUUACAAUGUCUAACGCCACAUUUGUUCACCCUGCAAAAUUUUAUAUCAGUGGGUUUUCUGACAUCCCUCAUGUUAAAUAUUUUUAUGUCUGCCUGUGUUUUGUCUAUAUCAUAACUGUUCUUGGGAAUGGCCUCCUCCUCUCAGUGAUUUACCUGGUCAAGACUCUGCAUACUCCUAAAUACAUGAUUGUGUUCAACCUGGCUUUGACAGAUUUGUGUGAGAGCACUGCUCUCAUCCCAAAAAUCUUGGACAUAUUUUUGUUUGACAACAGAUACAUUGUCUAUGAGGCUUGUUUAAGUUAUAUGUUCUUUGUUUGGUUCUUUGUAUUCGUGCAGUCAUGGGCACUUGUGAUUAUGGCAUAUGACAGAUUUAUAGCAAUUUGCUUCCCUUUAAUGUACCAUAGUAUUGUGACCAAACCAGCUAUUGUUGGAAUGCUGGCAUUUACAUGGGUAUUGUUAUUGAGUCUACUAGCAUUUAUUGUUGGGCUAAUUGGUCGUCUCUCCUUCUGUGGAUCUGUGGUGAUACAAAGUUUUUUCUGUGAUCAUGGGCCAACAUAUCGUCUGGCUUGUAAUGACAACUCUUUAAAUUAUGCCAUGGCAUUUGUUGUCUUAAUUGUAAUAUUUUGUUUUCCUCCUGUACUGAUAGCAUUAACAUAUAUUUGCAUUUCCAUAGCACUGAGCAGGAUUUCAUCAGAAAAAGAACGAAUCAAAGCAUUUAAAACUUGCACUUCUCAUUUGAUUCUUGUUUCAGUUUUUUUCAUACCACUCCUGGGCACGAACAUAGCUGUAAUGACCUCCUACAUCCAUCCUAAUACCAGAAUCAUAAACUCAGCUUUGACACACAUCAUACCACCUUUGCUCAAUCCUAUUAUUUACUCUUUAAAGACAAAAGAAGUUUUGAGCUCUAUCCGGAGGCUUUGCAAACCCAUUAGGAUGAGAAACAUCACCUUGUCCAAAAAGGCAACCUCUGUGUCACCGCAUUGA